AAAAUUAUAAUAAACAUUAAACACUAGCAGUAGCUACUAAGUACUACUAAUAAUUUGUUUUCUUUUUUGAGUAAUAUCAAAAAUUAACUUAUUUUUUUAUAUAAUAUGUUAAAUAAUUGUUAACUAUUGAAGAAUUUCUUCGUUUACAUAAUUCAAUUUGAUAAAAAUGGAACCUUUAUCUAAAUUUGCACUUAACAAUCAGAUUGUUUCUAUGCGCCACAUAGUUCGCAAAUCAAAGGUCCAUACAAUUAAUAAACUAUCAAGGGAGUCAAAAAAAUUAAAAGAUAGAAAGGGCAAUGAAGAACAGAUCAAUAAAAAUCAAAAAAAAUCCGAACGAAUUGUCAAUGAAAUAAUGCAGAUGAAGAAACUCAAUGAUGAUAUGGUUACAAAGUAUGCUUUACAAAAUGAGACACCAAUAGCAGACAUUUUAAAUAAAGUUGAUAUAAGCAUAGAAACUAGAGCACUAGCAAGAUUAGCAGGACACAAGUUUAUAAUGGAUGCCGUUAAGAACUUCAGGAAAAAAUAUCCAGAUUGGAAAUUAAGUAUGAAUGAUUUAUUAAACGCAUUAGGUACAAAAUAUAGAGCAAAAAAGAAACCAAAUCAAAAGAAAUCAACUAAAAUAAAAAAAGAAAUAAAAAAUAAAAUAUUUGAAAAAAAUCCUUUGGUUGAUUUUGAUGACAAAAUCAUCAAUUCAGAAGAAAACAAAAGUAAUGUAACAGAUUGUUAUAGCAUUAAGGAAAAAAAUAUACUUGUAGACAAUAUUAUCUAUAAUGAAAAACCAGAACCAUGUACAAUGGAAAAUACUAAGUCCAAACAAGUAGUUGUUUCACAUAACAUCAAAUCAAUUACAAAUAAAAACGAUAAUUAUUUGGAUGAUAAUAAAUCAAAUGAUUUUGUUGAUGAAAAUUCCGAUUGCUUAAGCGAAAAUACUGAUUAUGAUACAAGCAUAAACAGUUCUGAUGAAAGAUCAUGCUCCGAAACAUUUGAAAUACCUGAAUUGCCUGAAGUAACAAUUACUAAUCUUACCUGUCAAGAUCACGGUUUGAAAAGGACGUCUGAUCUUAUCAUUAAAGAGGAGUCGAAAAAACGAAGAAACAUUGAAGAAAUCGAACCUGUUUGUCAAUCAGUAGAUUCAUUUUUCAUGACUACUGAUGACGAAGUAUACAAGUCAGUAUAUAAACCACCUCUACCGUCUCUUGAAAAACCAAGUACGACUGAACCCUCGAAACUAGAGUAUAGAAAUCCACCUAAAGACAUUUUUAUCAAAGGGAAGAAAGUCACCAAUAAUAGACAAAAACCAUAUGGUAAUCGAAGAGAAAGGAGGCAGCAAAUUGAGGAUCCUGUAGAGACAGUAUUGCAUCCGUCUUGGGAGGCAAAACGUAAGCAAAAAUCAUUAGCGAAAUUUGAAGGGAAAAAAAUAACUUUUGAUGAUAACGAUUAAUAUUUUAGUAAAAUAUAAAUUAUUUUUAAUAUUGUGUAAAUCAAUAAAUGUUAAUGUUACAAAAUAAAUAUAAAAAUGAUUACAAAUCUCAUUAUUACUUGUUUAAAUGUUUUUUGUUUUUGGGACUAGAAAUUGUUACUAAUUGAACUCUUUUCUUAGUCGGAGGUUCUGCUAGAUCUAUAGAUGGAUUGUUUUUUUCUUCUUCUUUUGUUGGCAAUAAUUUUGCAUCUUCUUUAAUAAGAUCUUCUACUUCUUGACAAACAGACUCGUUAAUUUUUAUUGAUUUGUCUAUAAAUGGAACACCUAGUUCUUCCUGACUAAAAGUUAUUAUUGAACAAAAUCCAUCCGACGAAGAUACAAUAAGUAGCUGACCAUCUGGAGACCUAAAUUGUAAAAAAAAAAAAAUGUUAUAAGUUAUACAUGGAGUGUUGCAACAUA